UUUGUCACGUGACAUGUUAUUAUUGACUCUACCGUAUCACUUAAUUUAAUACGUUUGCCGAAACAAAAAGGAGAAACCAUGAAACGCGUAGUUUUAGCCUUGCUAAUGGGUAUUUUGAUACCUGCUGUAGUUUUUGCUCAGCCGCCCCAUGAUAAGCGAAAUGUUCUCGUGAUAAUAGCUGAUGAUGUCGGGUUCGAAACAUCUGUUUACAACCACACUGCCUGCAAGAUGCCCCAUUUGGCAAGGCUGUCACAGCAGAGUGUAACGAUACGCAAUGCUUACACAUCAGUUAGCAGCUGUUCACCUAGUCGGUCUGUGAUCCUGACGGGAAUGCCGCAGCAUCAAAAUGGGAUGUACGGACUCCAUCAUCAGGAAAAUCACUUCAUGUCCUUUGAUACAGUCAAGAGUUUACCUCUCCUUUUAAAACCAUAUGGAAUUCAUACAGGUAUGAUCGGAAAGAAACAUGUUGGGCCAAAGUAUGUCUACAAGUUUGACUUUGAACGAGACAGUGAUACCCUCAACAUGCUUCAGUGUGCAAGGAAUAUCACUCAGAUGAAGCUUUAUGUCAGAGAGUUCUUUGCAGAGCAGAACAAUUCAACCCCAUUUAUGUUGUACAUGGGAUUCAAUGACGCCCAUCGAUGUGAAACUGGCAAAUAUGGCACUUUCUGUGAGAAAUUUGGCAAUGGAGAGGAAGGUAUGGGGAUCAUAGAAGACUGGAAACCAUUCUACUAUGAACCCAAAGAUGUGGAGGUUCCUUACUACUUACCUGAUACCUUGACAACAAGAAUUGACAUCACCAAACAGUACACCUCACUCAGCAGAUUAGAUUCAGGUAUCGGCAUGCUGUUAGCUGAAUUAGAACGAGUUGGACAUCUGAACGAUACUCUGAUCAUCUACACAGCUGAUAAUGGUAUCCCAUUCCCCAAUGCUAAGACAAAUCUAUUUGAGCCAGGGAUGGGAGAACCGAUGCUUAUCUCAAACCCCUUUGACAAACACAGAUGGGGACAGGUGAGUGACUCCAUGACAAGUACAAUGGAUAUAGUACCCACAGUAUUAGACUGGUUUGGUAUACCUAUGCCUGGCACGGAGGAGAAGACCCCCAAACCAGUUCCAAAGACCACUGACCCUCCAACUUUAGAGAAGACACAGCCAUCUGGCACCAAACUCACUGGUCACUCCAUGAUACCAAUCACUGCAAGUGAGCCUGUCUCAGGAUGGGACCAUGUCUACGCCAGCCACAACUUCCACGAGGUCACCAUGUACUACCCCAUGCGAGUCCUCCGCAACCGCCGCUACCGCCUCAUCCAUAACCUAAACAACCGAGCCCCGUACCCCUUGGCCACCGACCUCUAUUCCUGUCCAACUUUCCUGGAGAUCCUCAACAACACCAUCAGCGGGCAGCCCACCUACUGGUUCAAGACCCUCGAAGACUACUACUACCGUGACGAGUGGGAACUCUAUGAUCUUCAAGAUGACCCUCAUGAGUUGAAGAAUCUUGCCGAUGACCCUGAUCAUCAAGAGAUAAGGCAGAACAUGACAGCUCAGUUACAUUCUUGGAUGAUGGAAACUGAUGAUACCUGGCAUUGUUUUCCACAUGGUGUGCGGUAUGGUCCUAAUAAUGGAUGUGGUCCCAAGUACGAUGAACCUACUCAACAGGGAAACCCUCAAGUUAAUAUCAUUCAUUGAUUACCAGUGCUUAAUUUAGAUGAAAUAUAUUGAUAUGAAAGAUUCCAGGUACCGAAGUAUAUAUUGAAUAAAUGUACAUUUCCACCUCGCUCUUUUUGGCCAUUUUGAUCUAGCCCUCUCUAAUAACUAGCUUCAUCUCAAGCUAGCCUCCCUGUACUACAUUCACCUGAAAGCCUCCCUCAGAAAAUAUACACAUCUCUAUGCAUGGGUGAGAUGUUAACUGCAAUAUCAAUAUCAAAAAAAAUAAAUAAAGAGUCAUCCACAAUGCCAAUGAAGUUUAUACAAGCCUGCCACUUACAAAAUAUGGGGAAGUGGUGUCCAACUACAUUACACCUAGUCUGCAAGCACAGACUCAAAUUUGACACUCUAACAAAAACCAUGUCUAGAGAGAAGACUAGACUCCAAACUCUGUCUGUGUGAAAUAGAGUCAGCCACAGUACACAGUGAAUCUAGUCUUGCUAUUUCAGACUCUUCAUUAUGUACUAUGCAUCUUGCAAAAACGAAUGGUCUGUGCCUGCAGACUACUUUACACCAAAACUAUAUUUAUGGAUGGGCAACAGUUCCUGUGAUGUUGCCAUAUGAGAGGGUUUGAAUUGGACAUACUGCUUGAAAAUAUGAAUUCAAGUAUGGGAGGAUACUUGUCUUUUAUCACCCCCCCCCCCCCAUCGAUAUUCCUUACUUUUCCAUGAAAUGGAGAAGAGUAUUUGUUUUUCUUUGUAUCUACCUCAGCUUAUUAGUAAAUAAGCACACACACAAAAGUAAAGUAUGGAAAUCUUGGCUGAAUUCUGAAUACCUUUGAAAUAUUUAUGGAAGUGUAUCCGAUUAUCGUUGCACUUAUAAUGAAUUUUAUUAAGUGAUAUCACGACCAGUAUUUUCUUCAGUAUCAGACUACUACUUCUACCAUAAAUACACGAAUGAUAAUGUUGAGACCAUUUGUCUUUGUUAUGCUAUCAUCUUUAUAUCACAUCCUCUUUUCAUAUAAUAUAUGCAUCAUUUUAAUGGUUUGAAAAGGUACUUACGUACUAUGUGUUUUCUAUGGAAAAAAGUUGGACAAUCAUCAAAAUCAUUGAUCUUACUAGGUAGUUGGUACUAGACCUAGUACUUUUACUAAUAUGAGGUUAUAUUAACAGAGACGUUUCAAAUAUGUUUUGCCCCUUUUUGUCAUCUUUCUUUGAAAUUCCCUUUGGGACAAUGUUGUGUUUGUUGUUGUUGAAGAUUAUGUCAGUGCAUGAAAUCAUUUUCUGAUGUCGGUGUAAUAACUAUGUCUGUAGUCUUGUAGAUUAUUGCAGUGGCAAUGUUACUAGGUUGGGGCUGUAUGUUUCCAAAGUACAUUUGCAUUCAUUUUCUUUUAGAUCCAAUGUUAAAUGGAAAAAUGCCUGCCUCCUUUGUAUUGAUUCUUGCCCCAUUCUCUCUUGCCUGCAUUUCCAAAAUUUUACAGGAUUUGCAAUGAAGGCAUUGUGCGGGAUGCACCAUUAUAUUUCAAAUUUUACAGGAUGCGCCCGCACAUUCUGCAUCCCCCGACCCCCACGAAACUGAUUAAAUUUAUGAUGUGAUUUAUUUUGACUUAAGAAAUAGAUGGUUAAAGUAUGGGGUCUCAUGGAUGGAUAGGCCAGGAUUUCACCCUGUGAGACAGGGCCCUGGGAUUGAUUUUUUGACCGGGGGUGCUGAGGUAAAUGGGUUUCACUCCAUAAAGGAAUGUCAUUUUGGUCCAGAAAAAUUUGACAAGCAUACAUGUAAAAAAAUGUUUCACUACAAAAUGAAGGUAAUUUGGGUCCCGAGAAAUUUGACAAGCAAAAAAAAAAGUUUCUGUACAAUUUUUUUUUAAAUAUCUCCAUUUUGUCACACCUUCCCAAAAUUCCAGGUUUGCUGCCUAAGGAGAAUAAUACAUGCAGCACCCCCAUUCCCAGGGCCAUGCCAUGAGAUUGUACUGGCUGUAGAUAUCCAACUCCAUAUUUCAACUGUACAAGUACAAGAUGUUCACAAACCCCGUUUUAUUUUUUUUUCUUUUUCUUUUACACAAUGGGUGAUUUCAAGUUUGGUGUUGGUGUUGAGAGCGUAAAAAGGCUGCUGAACCGAAUUCCAACACCGAGCUGGGUGUAGAGGAACAAUACCGAUUGCGUUACUGAUAGCAUAUGACAUCACGCCUCUGUGCUGCGCUGCUAAAUCAUCUCAACUUCACGCGAGAAGUCUUGGCGAAUAUCCGAGAGAAAUGCAUUAAAUUCUCAUCGUACAGAAUACCAAUGCUUUAAUUAAUUCAAGAAUUCAAAGAGUAAACAUUAUUCUUCAUCAAAAUAUAUAAAACUCAAAUGAUUUGUACUCAUCUUUACUGUAAAAGCUAAUUUUACAGGGAUUUUUCAUUGUGUUCACCGAGAUUUCCAACACCGAGCUUGAAAUCACGAUUUUCCCAAUCCCUGGGUGGGGAAAUUGCACGUAGAUUGUCAACACCAGCCGCAGUGCUGGAUUCAGCAGACGACGUUCAACACCAGCCUUCAACGCGAACUUCCGGAAAUACAUCAUAUUUUCCGACGUCAAUCCCAACACCAGCCUGAUUUCAAGUACGAUGUUGUUCCUUGUAGCUGGUGUUAGUUUUGUCACAAAAUCAACACCAGAUUUCAACACUGUUUAAAUCACUCAAUGGAUAUAUUAUUCAAAGUGGUUUCAAAACUGUAGAUUCAAUUUUUGCAAUGUCCUCAGUUACAAAAUGUUCUGUAUCUUAUAACAUUUUUCAUUAUGACUCUACUACAAAGUUUCACUGUGAAAUAUUUAGAAAGCUCAUGAAGGCUGAAUAUGCUAAUUAUAUCGUUUUUUUAGAAGUGAGGUUAGAAUGUAUAAUGGGCAUGGAUGAAUUCAUUAGAAUAUGUGACUUGUCAAGUGUCUUAUUUUAUUUUUUAUCUAUUUGAUUUUUUUAUACUGGUGUUUUAUGUUUUUUUUACAAAUUAAGAGGAUAUAUUAAAAGCUAUAUUUUAGUAUCAUUCUUAAACUAA